CAGCAAGCGGAGCAAAGGCUCGCGUAUCUCGCCUGCGGAAAGAGAGGGGCGAUAGAGAGACACGCGCGGCCGCCGGCGAUGCUGUCGGCGCGGAGCCUGCGGAAGGCGUCCAUCCCGCCGUCCCUUCUCUCCGACCCCUCGCCCGGCUGCCUCCAGCCCACGCGCCUCGCCGUCCACGUCAAUGGCGACGGCGGCUCCUGCUCCGCCUACUUCGCCUCCGGUUGCCGCGUCUACAAGCUCGAGAUAUCCAUGGAAGAGGAGAUGCUGUCCAGAGGAAAAGAGAGCCUGUUGAUUCCUAUCAAUGCACAGGUCAUAAGCUCGUCGGUUGUGGACCGCUGCCCGCAUCGUUCGGAGAUUCAGAGUGUAGUUCUGGCUGAGGGUGAAGGUGAUAGCUGCUUGAUUUUGGGAACCGUCGACUCUUAUGGUCACCUCAUUGUAUCCCGUUUGGACACUGUGGCUGAGGACAUCGACAGGGCAUCCUAUUCAGUACCACCUCACGAUAGUGGUGUCGGAGAAGGAAGUUGGGCUGGGUUGUGUUUUAGUCCAACACACCAUUCCACGGUAGCUGUUGCUCGUGAAUUGUGUAAGAGCAUUGAUAUCUAUGAUCAAGAUAUUCAUAUUCGGAGUUUACGUACGUUAUGGUACCCAUCUUCAGUAAGGUUUCCUCAAUGCUUUCCUCAAGGGAGUGAAUGUAGCUCGAUAUUGGCAAUUACUGAAGGUCCUCAGCUGAGCAUCUGGGACUUCAGAAUGCAUAACAACGGUGGAUGUGUACAACGCGUUUCUGGUCCUACUGGAGGCAUACUAUACUCAGUCUGUACCUCUCCUUCAGGACUGAUUGCUGUCGGUGGAACUGAUCGUGCUGUAACAAUCUAUGAUCCUCGCAGGUGGUCGGCCUUAUCAAGAUGGGUGGGCUGCUCCAAGUAUGAGAUAACUGGUCUUUCGUUUUCGUCAGUGGACCAAUCCUUCAUAUACGUCCAAGGUGUUGAUUAUGAGAUUACCUGUGGACGCUGGAGAGAAAGUGAGCGUGCAUUCUCAUUCCGAGGUGAUUCGAACUGGCUGGGCUUUUCAAAGUGUGCGAACACAGAUGUGGUUGCUGGGUGGUGCGAGUCUGGAAGUAUCUUCGUUGCUGAUGUUAGGCAGGAUCUCUCGGUAAUUGGGGUUUAAGGCGGCGAGAGUGCACGAGCAUCCUUUUUCUUUUUUGCGAAUGAAACUUAGUAUUACUCAACCCCACGGGUACAAUCAGCGAGACACAGGUUCUCGACGUUCUCCGGGCCAGAACAAAGCCAAACUGCAGUACGAUUGCUACGCCUAGCAUAACUAGCUAAGAAGUGACUAAUAUAGUUCUGGUCUCGCUUUACAAGAGUAAUACAAGUGUGACGUGUGCUCAACAGAGCUUUGAUCUCCUCCACUAUAGUCAUGUGUCUAGAAAGAUCUUGUUUCCUCUUCUUAACAUAUUCUCCCCCAUUCUUGGGGCAGAAGUUUCUUGUUGGUUCUUGUAUCAUCACUCAUCAGAGUUAUGUUAAUAAGCUUUGCUGGCUUACAGUACAAUGCUAAA